AUGAGCGGGAACGGAGCGAAGAAGGUAGCGGAGGUGGCGGCGAAGGCCUCUAAGUCGAUCGAUUGGGACGGGAUGGCGAAGCUUCUCGUCUCCGAUGAGGCACGCAAGGAAUUCUCGAACCUCCGCCGCGCCUUCGACGAGGUCAACCACCAAAUCCAGACCAAGUUCUCGCUGGAACCUGAACCCAUUGACUGGGACUAUUACAGAAAAGGAAUUGGUUCACACCUGGUAGAUCAGUAUAAAGAAGCAUAUGAAAGCAUUAAGAUCCCGAAGUUUGUUGACACUGUGACUCCAGAAUACAAACCCAAGUUUGAUGCUCUGCUCGUUGAGUUCAAAGAAGCAGAAAAGCAAUCUCUAGAGAGAUCAGCACAGUUGGAGAAAGAAAUUGCAGAAGUUCAGGAGAUGAAAAAAAAGAUAUGCAAUAUGACAGCUGAUGAAUAUUUUGAGAAGCAUCCAGAGCUGAAGAAGAAGUUUGACGAUGAAAUUCGUAACGACUACUGGGGAUAUUAACUGAAGAAUCCACUCAAGAUUUCAUCUUUGGUCCAGCAUGAGAAGAGGAGUCAAAUUUCUAGCCAAAAACGACUUGCCGGCUUCCUCAAACCAGCAAAGGCCAGAAGCACCGGCAAGUCAUUCUUGGCUGCAAACUACGGCCUCUCCCUCCCAUGCAAGGCCUCAGAUGAUCGAGUUG